CCCCAUUCAGAUCAGAGUUGACAGAUCGACUUUGAUGCCAAUGACAGGAUCUCACGGUUGCAUAAGAUAUGAGCAGUCUGUGCAAAAAAGAGGGAAAGUGGGCAGACUGUGCGUAAAAACACUGCUAUUAGGCUGCAGCACAACUCUUUCCCUUCCAAGGUAAACAUAUCACGUUUACAAUCCCAUUGAAAAGGUCAAAUAUAAGGCUACGUCUCCAUCUGCCGGUGUAAUGAGGUGCAUGCAUGGUGAUAAACCGGGGAAUUCAUAUUUGUGGGGCAAUUCAAUUGUGUUCAAGCGUCAUUACGCACGACCAGAAUCAGUGUUGUAAAACAUAGCUAAGCCGAACGAGUUGUCCAUAUAGUUUAUAGAGCCCAGAGACAUAUGUCUAGUUUCGCAGGCUGCAGCAGCUCACACCUGCACGAUUAGUUACAAAUCCUCUGACAUCAGCACUGCACCAAGUGGACAGUUCCAUCGAUGCUUGGGGAAAGGAACAUAGCCUCCACCUCACAAUAGUAGAAAAUAUCAAUGUAUUUAAAAUAUAUAUAUGUUAGUCUAGGCCUAUUAACGUUUUAUUAAAAUAGAUUCGUUUUAGAAAAUCGUCUAUCAUGCGCUUAUGUUAUGGUGAUAAUGUAAAACUCCGUGUGUAUUGGGUCGGUCUGCCUAAACCUAUAUAAGUACUGCAGCCAAAGCUUUCCAAAGUCUCUCUUGCCAACCGCAAAGAUGAACUACGGAUCUGACCACUAUACCUCGUCGUCCUACCGAAAGAUCUUCGGGGACGCCCCUCGUUUCUCACCCUCAACCUCUCGUAUGAGCAGUCCCUCCGCCUCCUCCCGCAGUUCUGUGUCCUCCACCAGUUACAGGUCUGCGGUGUCUCUCCCCCGCAGCAAUGCGUCAUCGCUGGGUUACUACAGAAGGACCGGUCAGUCUUCUUCCUUUUCGACGGUUCCAGGUGACAGCCUCGAAUUGACUCAAUCCUCCGUCCUCAGCAAUGAGUUGAAAGUCACCCGAACCAAUGAGAAAGAACAACUGCAGGGUCUCAAUGACCGCUUCGCCAUGUUCAUCGAGAAAGUGCGUACCCUGGAGCAGCAGAACAAGGUCUUGGAGACGGAGCUGGUGACUCUGCGCCAGAGGCAGCACGAGCCAUCCCGCAUCGCGGACCUAUACCACCAGGAGAUGCGCGAGCUUCGCGCACAAGUGGAGGAGAUCGGCAGCGAGAAAGCCCACAUUCUCAUCGAUAGGGACAACUUAGAAGAAGACCUGCACAAGCUUAGGGCCAAAUAUGAGGAGGAGAUAAGGGCGCGCGAGGAGGCUGAGCAGACCCUGCGGUCGUUCAAAAAAGACGUGGAUGACGCCACCAUGGCGCGGCUGGAUCUAGAGCGCAAAGUGGAGGGCCUCCUGGAUGAGAUAUCCUUCCUGAGGAAGGUCCACGACGAGGAGGUGGCCGAACUGAGCGGUAUGGUCCAGGCAGCUCAUGUGUCAGUCGAGGUAGAGCUGGCCAAACCCGACCUCACCUCGGCUCUGAAAGAGAUCCGCAAUCAGUACGAGACUCUGGCUUUUAAGAACCUGCACUCCGCGGAAGAGUGGUAUAAAUCCAAGUUUGCCAAUCUCAACGAGCAGGCCACCAGGAGCAAUGAGGCAAUGCGGGCCAGCAGGGAGGAGAUCAACGAAUUCAGGAGACAACUGCAGUCCAAGACAAUUGAGUUGGAGACCCUACGUGGCAUCAACGAGUCUUUGGAACGGCAGAUUCGAGAGACAGAAGAUGGACACAAUCUUGAAAUCGCAGGUUUGCAGGAUACCAUUGGGCACCUGGACAAUGAUUUGCGGAACAUCAAGAAUGACAUGGCUCAGCAUCUUCGAGAGUACCAGGAUCUGCUCAAUGUUAAAAUGGCUCUGGACAUUGAAAUAGCUGCCUACAGAAAACUGCUGGAGGGAGAGGAAACUCACUUUAGCACAGGAAUAUUAUUCGGCGCCUCGAACCAUGGCACCAGUCACUUUGGAUACCAGCCACGUGCCUCAAGCUAUGCACGGAGUACCAAUAAGGAGAAAGAGGCUGCUCAGAAAGAUGGCUUCAAGGAGAUCACUGAGGAAAAAGUAGAGAAGAGCGAUGAAGCAGAUAUCAACUCAAACAACUAGAGACAACAAAUUCAGAGCUUGCGAGCCAGUUAUCUACAGGCACAGAGCAAAUGUACUGUAUAUCUUAAAUUAUUACUGUGAUGCAUUAUGUGCAGCUGAGCACUGCUACACUCUCCAGUUUCAAUUAAAAUAGUGGAAUUCGAGAUCGUCUUUGUUAGUAAUAUGAUAUAUGGAAGGUAGGUAGGUAGUUGAAAGGAGUGAUAAUUUUGUAAUUUAAACAAAUAGAAUAUUUUAACAAAAUGUAUAUAUUUUUGUAGCCUGGUUGCCAGAUCAGUUUGUGUUUUAGCCAACUCUUCUGUCGUUCGUUGUCAUGCCAUGUAAAUACAGUACAUGGCUAAUACUUUUGUGAGUUGGGGCUCUGUUGAUGAAGCCAUUAAAAAUGUACCGUAA